AUGAAACAGGAAACUUGUCAAACCUUCAGGACUCAAAAUGUUCAGGGGCCAUCCCCCAGGUUAUGAAAAAUUCCAUAGAAAGCAAAGGCCAAAGACUCUGGAGCCAGCCAAUUCCACUUUUUACAAUGGAUUUUCAGGACUCAGACUGCAGAUGCCGCCUGAUAGGGCAUCGACGGCGGUCAUAUUGGAGCCCCCAGGCCUGCUGUUGCAGUCCACUGCACUCCCGGGCCCAGGACGGCAUGGUGAGGCCUCGGCAGCUCAGAGGUCUGGGGAUUUGCAUUGCUGCAGCGCUGGCGUCUUUUGUCGCCGGCUUUACUAUGGGCUGGCUUAUUAAACCUUUGAAAGAAACAUCCACUUCAGCUCAUUCUCAUCAGAGGAUGCAGUGGACUCUGUUAUCGGAAAUGAAGGCUGAAAACAUCAGAUCUUUUCUCCGGUCCUUUACAAUAUCUCCCCAUCUGGCAGGAACAGAACAAAAUUUACUGCUUGCCAAAAAAAUCCAAACACAGUGGAAGAAAUUUGGAUUAGAUUCAGCCAACUUGGUUCAUUAUGAUGUUCUCUUAUCUUACCCAAAUGAGACAGAUGCAAACUAUGUAUCGAUUGUGGAUGGCCAUGGAACUGAGAUUUUUAAAACUUCAUACCUUGAACCACCACCAGAUGGAUAUGAGAAUGUCACAAACAUCGUACCGCCCUAUAAUGCCUUUGCAGCCCAGGGCAUGCCAGAGGGAGAACUUGUCUAUGUCAACUAUGCUCGCACUGAAGACUUCUUCAAGCUAGAAAGAGAGAUGAACAUCAACUGUACUGGGAAGAUUGUUAUUGCAAGAUAUGGGAAGAUAUUUCGAGGAAAUAAAGUGAAAAAUGCCAUGCUAGCCGGAGCCUUGGGAAUCAUCCUGUACUCUGAUCCAGCUGACUACUGUGCCCCCGAGGUACAGCCGUAUCCCAAAGGAUGGAACCUUCCUGGAACUGCAGCACAGAGAGGAAAUGUCUUAAACCUAAAUGGGGCAGGUGACCCGCUUACGCCAGGCUAUCCAGCUAAAGAGUACACCUUCAGACUUCAAGUUGAAGAAGGAGUAGGAAUUCCGAGUAUACCCGUACAUCCAAUAGGAUAUAAUGAUGCAGAGAUACUAUUACGAAACUUGGGAGGAACUGCUGCCCCAGACAACAGCUGGAAGGGAGCUCUAAAUGUCAGUUACAAUAUCGGGCCUGGCUUUAUAAGAAGCAAAUUUUCCAGGAAAGUUAGAAUGCAUGUCAGUAACAUUAACAGAAUCACAAGGAUUUACAAUGUGAUUGGAACUAUCAGAGGGUCUCUGGAACCUGAUAGGUAUGUCAUUCUGGGAGGUCAUCGUGACUCCUGGGUGUUUGGAGGGAUUGACCCUACCACGGGGACUGCAGUUUUACAAGAGAUUGCCCAAAGUUUUGGAAAACUGAUGGAUCGAGGCUGGAGACCUAGGAGAACUAUCAUUUUUGCCAGCUGGGAUGCAGAAGAGUUCGGGCUGCUGGGUUCAACUGAAUGGGCUGAAGAGAACGCAAAGAUCUUACAGGAGAGAAGCAUUGCUUACAUCAACUCAGAUUCAUCGAUAGAAGGCAAUUACACCCUACGAGUUGACUGUACUCCUCUUCUUUACCGGUUGGUGUAUAAAGUGGCAGGAGAGAUCUCCAGCCCUGAUGAUGGUUUUGAAAGCAAAUCACUUUAUGAAAGCUGGCUGGAAAAAGACCCUUCACCUGAAAAUAAAGUUUUUCCUAGAAUCAAUAAGCUUGGAUCUGGAAGUGAUUUUGAAGCUUAUUUUCAGAGACUUGGAAUUGCUUCAGCCAGAGCUCGCUACACUAAGAACAGGAAAACAGAUAAAUACAGUAGCUAUCCUGUAUACCACACCAUCUAUGAGACGUUUGAAUUAGUAGAGAAGUUUUAUGACCCCACAUUUAAAAAACAGCUUUCUGUGGCUCAGUUGCGAGGAGCAUUGGUAUAUGAGCUUGCAGACUCUGUAAUCAUUCCUUUCAACGUUCAAGACUAUGCAAAAGCCUUGAAAACCUAUGCAGCAAGUAUCUUCAAUUUAUCCAGGAAACAUAACCAGCAACUAAGAAAACAUGCAGUGUCAUUUGAUUCCUUAUUUUCUGCUGUGACAAACUUUUCAGAGGCUGCUUCAGACUUUCAUAGAAGACUCACAAAAGUUGAUCUUACUAAUCCUAUUGCAGUGAGAAUUGUGAAUGACCAACUGAUGCUUCUGGAAAGAGCAUUCAUAGAUCCUCUUGGUUUACCCGGGAGGCGGUUCUACAGGCACAUCAUCUUUGCUCCAAGUAGCCACAACAAAUAUGCUGGAGAAUCAUUCCCUGGGAUUUAUGAUGCCAUGUUUGAUAUUGAAAAUAGAGCAGACCCUCACUUGGCUUGGGCAGAAGUGAAGAAACAUAUUUCUAUUGCAGCUUUCAUGAUUCAAGCAGCAGCAGGGACCCUGACAGAUGUGUUAUGAAGUUUUUGUCAAGUAGCUUCAUCAGUAGAAGUACUGCAGUGUUUGAGAGUCAAGCCGUCAGAGGGAGUCUCGCUCAUAUGGACUCAUUGGUAGAGGCUGUUGAGAGUCUGAAGACAAAAUGUCUUUUUCUCUGGUGAUUCAAGAGGCCAGGACAUUCUAAAACCAUGAUUAUUAGAGAUCAUGUUUUGUACUUCCACCGUACUUAUCUGUCGUGUUUUUUUUUUUUCUUUUCUUUUUAAACUCAGUGAAACCAAAACUGGAAGCAACCCAAAUGUUCAUGGACAUCCAGGUGAUACACACACAGAACUGAUAAACAUCCAAUAUUAUUGGCAGAUCUGCUGAGUAAGAAGUUGGCCAUGAAUGAGCCCAUAAGACCAAACUAAUCUACAGUACUGUUUAUCCUUUUUUAAGGUUGAGGCUUUGAGAUAAACGGAAUUGUCCAUACUUCCAGCUUAGUGUUAGUUACACAGUGUAUGCAUUUACCAAAUCUCAUCAAGCUGUCAUUGAAAUGUCUUCAUUCUGUUGAAAAUUAUGCUGUUGAUAAGGAAAUUAGGGUGAAUACAUUCAAAAUAUAUUAUGUACGUAUAUGAAAUUAUCAAGGAGUAAAAAGUUAUUUUUAAAAAAUUAACCUUAUACGCACACUAAAAUAGUAAGCCACAGCUCAGUUUGACCACAGGAGAAAGAGUGGUAGAUCCCACUACUCUUCCAUCCUGGCCAACGAGACUGUAAUUUAAUGAGUGGGGUGUUAGACAACCCCAAACCUUGCUAAGCCCCCAUACUAUAUAUGUGAGGCACAUAGGAGGGAGUCCCUCACGUAAGAGUGUGGUUGAAGUCUUUUUAAAAUUAAUUUUUAAUUGUUUUUAUUGAGGUAUACAUUUUUCUCCACUCCCCUCUUUUCCUCCUCUCUCUCCCCUUUUACCUUCUCCUGUGAUCCCCACAUUCCCAAUUAACUCAGGAGAUCUUGGCAAGACAUUGGGUGAAGUUUUGAAGAAUUAUUUUCAACAAAACACUUAAAAUUUGCUGUGAAGAUUGCUUA